AUGGACAGAAUCCUCGAGAUUGUCCAAAAUCAAAAGACAGCUAUGAAUAAACUUGUUGAAUGGUUGAAUACUGAGUUGACCAAGAAAAUAAAUGAGAGAUUCAAGGGUCUUCAAACCUAUUUUCAAAUGGUGGAGACCUUCGAAAAGGUGAAGGCCAAGGCUGAUGUCAACUUUAUCAAUCAACGUGUUGGCAAGUACAAAAGUGAAAUUGGUUCCUUAAGUAAACAGCUCAGCGAUAAAUUAAACGAAAUCUUGAAUUUAGCCAUAGCAGCAGUUGCCCGCGAGAUUGCUGAAGACACAACUCAGGUGUGA